GACAUAAGUAGUCUUUUGUGUUGUGUUGUAUGUGUUAGUUGGUUUCACUUGUAAUCGUAAAAAUAAGCGUAUAAAAUCGAGAUAAAAUUAAAAGAAAUGUCUAACGAAAAUACGCUAGAUUUACAUUAUGUCCACCAGUCCUUUCAAAGAAGCCUAAAAGAGGAGGAUGACGUGGUGAUAGAGGCUUACAUCGACGGUUAUAAUGAACUAGUCAAGUUCUUAAACCUUAUCGGCACUGUGUUUUCGUUCGUGAGUAGUGAUGUUAAAAGCAAAAUUAAAGUCAUGGAGAAACAUAAAGAAGGGGAGAAUGCCAUUUAUUACGAGUCCUUCAAAAAGAUGAUGAAGUAUGAAAAAGAAACGUGUUUACAUGAUAAGAGUGGAUUUGUCUCUGGCUCUCGGACUAUGCUCAGAUUACACAGGGGCUUAGAUUUCAUAAGACUAUUUUUAAAGAGAUUAAGUGAGGCUGAAGAAACCGUGAACACCUGCACAACCUGCCAGAACUCCUACAACGAGACAUUGGCCGAGUUCCAUCCAUGGUAUAUCCGUAAAGCAGCCACCUUAGCCAUGCAUGCUUUGCCUUCACGGCCAGACUUAUUAAAAAAGAUCUUCGGCACAGACGAGCAGUUAACAGCUGCUAUGACUGCGCUUCCCCAAGCGCUGGCCUCCUGCGACGAGGUCUACAGCAGGGUCCAACAGUUGUACACUGACUUUGAGUUCCACGAGUUGCCAUAAAAAUGGUAAUAACCAUCCGCCAUCUUAUUAACUCUUCCUUCUUAAACCCAGGAUUAUUUUUAAUUUAUUAAAAUUUGACAUUUGGCGAAUUGAAUUUUGUUAUAUUCAGUCGCAGAUUUCAAAUAUAGCCUCUCCCUAUUUCAAAGACUAGUAAGAGAAAACAUUCUAAAGUAAACCAUCCCAAUAUAUAGUUGUCAAAAUUGCAAGUAAUAGAAACGCCUCUGUGUUCAAUAUUGUUUAUUUUUUCAAUAAGGUUUUUGAGACAAAAUUCUAGAUAGCCACUCUCAUGUAAAUGUAAUUUUUGGAAAUCGCUCCAUGUAUAUACCGAAUUUAAAUAUAUUCUCAUUAAUUGAUACUUAAAAAAGUAUUAUAGAUCGACGUUAAUUACAAUAUUAUGAUUUAAUAUAUUUGAUCUUGAGUAAACCAUUCAACUGUAAUUAAUAAAUAAUAGCAGUUAUUUUAGAUGUAAAAACGUAUUAAUUUAAGAUAAAGAAAAGUACAAUUUUCAUACUGUUUAAAACUAUAAAUCUAUUCAGUAAUUAACAUAUAGUAUUUGUCAUAAUACAAUAACCAUGCAAUAUACUCGCCGAGUUCCAAUACCACGAUAUAGUCGCAAUUCGUGUUUAAUUAAUUCUCAUACCGAUUUUUAUCUUUGACGUCGAUAAAUUGUUAUCACAUAUAGCUAUGUGCCUUAGCUGAUUACACUUAAACUAUAUUAUUUUUGCAAUUGAUCUAAAAAUUAUUUGCCAAAGAAAUCAAUAAAAACACUGUAAUAUGCUUGAUCUCAAUGAUGGUAUGGAAUGACAAUUAAAAAAUGACGUUUUGUAAUUAUGUAUAAAUUUAAAAUUAUUAUUAUAUUUGCAUGUCGUUCGACUAUUUGGUUGGAAGUUUUAAAUAAAUCUAAACGUAUUUUUUUACUUUUCUAUAAAUGUAAAAUUUUAUAAAAAGUGUUGAAAAUGUUAUCUGUUGAUAAAUGUAUUGAGCUCAAAAUUGUAACAAUUGCUCAGCUCAUUUCAUAUAAUACGUAGCUUUUGUACCAAAAUCAUUGCGAAAUUGUGUAAAAUUAAAAUUUAAGCUAGAAUUUAAACAGAAUAGUUUCCAUUGAUGUUGCUUGUGAUCCAUGUCUGUAUGACCUUUGUAUGAUGGCUAGCUAAAGAGUAUAUUAUAUGUUUGACUAUGUAAGUCAACUAGGCUAUAUGUGGCUAAAAUUCAUGUAAGUAUAUCGGGACGUAUCUUCGUAUGUUAAUAUUGUUAAUAAGUUUUCAACCGAUUUAAAAAUGCGGAUCAUUUAUAGUGUUGCCUUAAAAUCAUUUGUGCAAUAUAAAAUGACAGCUACAAAUUAAUGACAGAUCAGAUUACCAGAUUAAAAAAAUACUAGAUAUUGUUCUCAAUUAAUGCUAGGUUAAUUAGGUGCAAAUCCUUUUUCGCAUCUAAUGUAGAACAUUCCAUGUAAUAAAAAAAGUUCUGUAUUUUUAACAUAGGUAUAAAUGUGUCGAAGUAAUGAAUUCGUCUAGAUCUAGUAUGAUCCUAAUAUAACUAUACAGUACUACCACGUUUAUAAGUUACAUCGGCAAUAUUCGACGGCGCUGAAUAGCGCGUCCUACUGCCGAAUCAAACCGAAUACAAACUCAAUAAAAUAACGACCAUAUUACUAGGACUUAAGUCUUAAAAUAAAAAAAAAAUCAAUGAUUAGUGCGUACGACGCGACGGCGCGAACUCAGAAAUGGCGCGUACGCGUCAGCCAAUAGCGGACAGCUCUGUUCGCGGAUAAACAUGGCGCGCUCUGAUUAGCUAAAAUAUUUUCGCGCCGUACAAAAAUUUGACUUCUGCGCAGGUACAUCGGUGUAACUUAUAAAAGUGGUAGACCUGUACUUAAUGUGACAGAUACGCUCAAUGUACGUAAUCAUUCCCUAAACCAUGUUGGGUGCGUUUUCGUAAAAAAAUCAAGAACCACUGAAGGUCGUAUUGAAAAUGUAAUAUAUGGCGCCUCUAGCGGCUUAUUCAAUCGCAAAAUCAGAGGUUUGUCAUCCGAUUUUUUGACGGACUGCUUGAUGCGGCGCGGACAUACGUCUACAGUAAAUGUGCAGUCUUCCGGUCCGAUUUUUCUUAGGAUAACGACCACUAGAAGUGGUGGUGGUUAAGACGCCCGCCUGUGGAUCGAAAGGUCCCAGGUUCGAAUUUUACUCUGGCCACAUGAGUUUGUGUACCAAGCUGACUCAUGUAUAGUAGUUUUCAUCGACCACCACUUGCUUCCGGUGAAGGAAAACAUCGUGAGGAAACCUGCACAUUGGUUGAUUAUUAUCUUGUGUGUGAAAUGGAGAAGGCAAUGGCAAACCACUCCAUUAAUAAUGCCAAGAAAGUUGUAUGUGUUUAAUGCCACGUAAUGACCACGACCCUCAGCCAUGAGGAAUACGACUAUGAAGAAAGGCCAGUAUCCAGUCGACCUUAUUGUUUGCUUUCACACAUUGCCGAGAGCAUAGCUCUAAAUAAAGAUAAUUAUGAAAAAGAACUAUUAUUAAACUUGUUUUUGAUUUAAAAAUGCAUAAUUUAGGAAACUAGCUUAUUUAAUGUAAGCUUAGCUUAUUUAAUGUAAAUUUAUUUGAACAUUUAGUGUCUUAAAAUUCGAACUCUUGCCUUUUGUUUGUUAAUUACGCAUAUUUUAUUUUAGAAUUAUAUAACAUAGCACACAUCUUAUAUUUUACAAGUAAAAAACAUAUAUGCUAUGCUUCAGUAACAUUUUUUUCAGUAUUUUAUCAGUGUUCACAAAUAGUCACAUUUCAUUUGCGCUGCACUUUUAUGGUAACGUAGUAACAAUAAAUACGUAUCUAAUUAAAUAUCUAUGUGGGACAACACUAUGUUGCCAGGUUGAAUUCUGAAUAUAACUUAGAUUGAGAAACCUUUAGCGUAGUCACAUGAGACAGAACUAUUUCGUAACAAUGUUAAGCCUACCCGUACUACGCAGUAAACAAGACCUUGUAGGAACCGCGACGUGGUAUGGGACAAAAGAUAUCAGCGUUGUCCUGUUUCUACUCGUAUGAACGAAACUGAGGUUAACACGAUGUCUUUAAUAUUCUCUCUACAUAACUACCUGUAGUAAAAGUUAUAUUAGGUAGCUAUCACCCAUUCAAGUUUUGUCUACGCUUCGAACUGGACAGUUUUAUUUAUAAGGUAAAAACUAACACCGAUUUUUGGUUACAAUUACAAUAAGUUUUGUCCCUAUGUAACCACCGUUUAAUAAACGUAAAUCCGUUUAAUAAACCGUAAAGAACGAGACAAACAUAUAACGUUGAUUUUAAAAAUAAUAGGUUCAAUUUUUUGUCGGUCGGUCGGGUGCAAUUAAGUUCUAGUAUUACGAAUGGCCCCUUGUAAAGCAAGUACAAAAGCGGAAUACAAUUUACUGUUACACGUGACGUUCCACUAGAAAAGGUAUCUUCUGGGAGGCAGUCGCCUACGACGUAUAUUAUGCAUUGUAUAAAAACGCUUCCCGCUGUCUGUCUGCCCCUAUGUAUGCUUAGAUAUUUAAAACUACGCAACGGAUUUUGAUGCGGCUUUGUUUAUAGGUAAUGUGAUUUCAUCAGGAAAGUUUAGGAAUAAUUUAUUAUGGUUUUACCCGAACGAAGCCAGAACGUUUCGCUAGUAAUUAAAGUAAAUGAUAAAUAGUUGUCAUGGAACGUAAAGCAUAUAAAGAUACCUACUGUAUUAUAUUAAAACAGGCCGCUUGUCUAUAAUAAAAAUGAGAAACAUUUUAAACGACUUCCCUCCAAAAGGUUCUCUGGUGGAACGUCAAAUAUUUUCAUUAUUAACAUAAUAAGUUUAGCAUAGACAACAGCAACAUUCCUGCUGGCUGACGUAGUUUUUAUAAUGUGAAUUAAUUUAUAAAGAUAUGAGAUUUUGUAUUUACAAUUACAUAUUUUGCCAACAAA